UUACUCGAUUAACUCGUCUUAUGGCUGAAACAGUAUAAAAUCUAGCUAACACAAAAUAAUAAUAAUAAAAUAAAAUCUCAGAACACACAAAAAGUCUGAAAAAUCUACAAAUUCUAAGUCUUUUUCCUUUUUUUGGGAUUUUGGCAUUUGGGUUUUCUUCUGUCUCAUCUGGGUUCUCUAGAGAGAGAGGAGGAAGAGGAAGAGGAUGAAGAAGAAGAUGAGUGAGAAUCACCAUGUGGGUUUGGCUCUGUUCAUACUCUGCAUUGUAGGGUUGAAGCCAAGUUUCAUCCUUGGAGACACAAAUGCAUCUGAUGCUGCGGCGUUAAACAACCUGUUCAGCUCCAUGAAUUCACCAGGACAGCUAUCACAGUGGACAGCAUCAGGAGGUGAUCCUUGUGGACAAAACUGGAAAGGCAUCACGUGUUCUGUCUCACGAGUUAUUCAAAUAAAGUUAUCAGGACUUGGACUCUCUGGAUCACUAGGAUUCAUGCUUGAUAAAUUGACUUCUGUUACUGAGUUGGAUUUAAGCAACAAUAACCUUGGAGGGGAUUUGCCUUAUCAGCUUCCUCCAAAUCUGGAGAGAUUGAAUCUUGCUAAUAACCAGUUCACUGGAUCUGCUCAGUAUUCCAUUUCUCUGAUGACACCUCUCAAGUACCUCAAUCUUGCUCACAACCAGCUUAAGCAAUUAGCUAUUGACUUCACGAAACUCACCUCUCUAUCUAUCUUGGACCUCUCUUCCAAUACUAUCACAGGUUCUCUUCCCAACACAAUGACGUCUCUUACAAGUGCAAAAUCAAUAUAUCUUCAGAACAAUCAGUUCACAGGCACCAUUGAUGUCCUAGCCACACUUCCCCUCGAAAAUUUGAACAUUGCAAACAAUCGUUUCACUGGUUGGAUCCCUGAUUCUUUGAGAGGCAUUAACUUGCAAAAAGAUGGUAACUCAUUCAACACCGGGCCUGCACCUCCACCGCCUCCUGGCACACCUCCGAUCCAUAGAUCACCUACUCCUAAAUCCGGUAACAGAGGAUCACCAUCAAAUGGUGACGAUUCCGGCAGUAGCAGUGACUCCAAGAGCUCAGGGCUUGGAGCUGGAGGAAUAGCAGGAAUAGUCAUUUCAUUGUUGGUUGUAACAGCAGUGAUAGCUUUCUUCUUGAUCAAGAGAAAAAGAUCAAAGCGGACAUCGUCAUCCACUGACAUUGAAAGGAGUGAUAACGUUAACCAGCCCUUCACACUCGCUUCAAAUGAUAUUCAUCAAGAGAACAAGUCUAUGCAGACACCACCAGUAGUCGAGACGAAGAAGCUGGAUACUUCAUUGUCAAUGAAUCUACGUCCUCCACCAUCUGAGAGACACAAGUCGUUUGAUGAAGAGGAUUCAACACCGAGGAAGCCUUUUGUUGCAAAGAAACAUGCAGUCGUGGUCCCUUCAAAUGUGAAUGUGUAUACGGUUGCAGAUCUUCAAAUAGCUACCAAUAGUUUCAGCGUCGAUAAUCUUCUCGGUGAAGGCACUUUUGGAAGAGUGUACAAAGCUCAGUUUGAUGACGGAAAGGUACUUGCUGUGAAGAAAAUAGACUCGUCUGCGCUUCCCACUGACACGGCUGAAGAUUUUACCGAGAUUGUAUCGAAAAUUGCGCAUUUGGAUCAUGAAAACGUCACAAAGCUUGAUGGUUACUGUUCUGAACACGGGCAACACUUGGUGAUCUAUGAGUUUCAUAGAAACGGCUCGUUGCAUGACUUUUUACAUCUUUCGGAAGAGGAAAGCAAACCUUUGAUAUGGAAUCCUCGUGUCAAGAUCGCUCUUGGCACUGCACGUGCAUUGGAGUACUUGCAUGAAGUUUGUUCACCAUCUAUAGUCCAUAAGAACAUCAAAUCAGCAAAUAUUUUACUUGACUCAGAGCUGAAUCCGCACCUCUCAGACUGUGGUCUUGCUAGCUUCCUCCCUACUGCGAAUGAGUUACUGAACCAGAACGAUGAAGGAUACAGCGCACCUGAAGUUUCAAUGUCAGGCCAGUACUCUUUGCAGAGUGAUGUCUACAGCUUUGGAGUAGUUAUGCUUGAGCUUUUGACCGGAAGAAAACCAUUCGACAGCACAAGGUCAAGAUCUGAGCAGUCAUUGGUGAGAUGGGCAACACCUCAGCUUCAUGACAUUGAUGCAUUGAGCAAAAUGGUUGAUCCAGCUCUCAAAGGGCUUUACCCCGUUAAAUCUCUCUCUCGAUUCGCAGAUGUUAUCGCACUUUGCGUUCAGCCGGAGCCAGAGUUCAGACCACCGAUGUCUGAAGUGGUGCAGGCGUUGGUUGUGUUGGUGCAGAGAGCUAACAUGAGCAAGAGAACUGUUGGAGUUGGAUCUGGUAGCUCUGGAGCCAAUGAUUACAUGUAAAUUCUUUACCUGAGAGACUAAAAACAACAAACAAAAGCUUUACUCUUUUAUUGCGCUGGUCUGCUUGGAUUCCGAGUCUGACGAGUACAAGUUACAGAGACAACAAAAUAUCAACAAAACCCAAAGUUUUCUUCUUUUUCUUUUUCAUAAAACUGAGAGAAUAACAAUAACAACAACCUUUACCCAUUGUACAAUCUCAUGUUUCUUUGUAAUAUCUUCCCAAGUUGUAGCACCUUUUUUAGAUUCCGACAACAUGAACAAAACCAUGUCCUUUUGUGAGUUCCGAGCUAAUACGGUCUUUUUCCG